UCAAAUCUCAAACUUGUGAAAGAAACAUCUUUUCAAAAAUGGGUGAUUCUACUGGCGAGCCGGGAAGCUCCAUGCAUGGAGUGACCGGUAGAGAACAAACAUUUGCUUUCUCGGUGGCUUCACCGAUUGUCCCAACCGACAAGACAGCAAAGUUCGACCUGCCGGUGGACUCGGAGCAUAAGGCAACGGUUUUCAAACUCUUCUCCUUCGCCAAACCUCACAUGAGAACGUUCCACCUCUCGUGGAUCUCUUUCUCCACAUGUUUCGUCUCGACAUUCGCAGCUGCACCACUUGUCCCAAUCAUCCGUGAGAAUCUCAACCUCACCAAACAAGACAUUGGAAAUGCUGGAGUUGCCUCGGUCUCGGGAAGUAUCUUCUCUAGGCUGGUGAUGGGAGCCGUGUGUGAUCUUUUGGGUCCACGUUACGGAUGUGCCUUCCUUGUGAUGCUUUCCGCGCCAACGGUGUUCUCGAUGAGCUUCGUGCAUGAUGCCGGAGGCUUUAUAACUGUGAGGUUCAUGAUUGGUUUCUGCCUUGCGACGUUCGUGUCUUGUCAAUAUUGGAUGAGUACUAUGUUCAAUAGUCAGAUCAUCGGUCUUGUGAACGGGACUGCCGCCGGAUGGGGUAACAUGGGUGGAGGCAUAACACAGUUGCUCAUGCCUAUUGUGUAUGAAAUCAUAAGGCGUUGUGGUGCAACAGCUUUCACGGCCUGGAGGAUUGCCUUCUUUGUCCCUGGAUGGUUGCACAUCAUCAUGGGAGUCUUGGUGCUCAAUCUAGGUCAAGAUCUUCCUGAUGGCAACCGAAGUGCCUUGGAGAAAAGGGGAGAAGUUGCCAAAGACAAAUUUGGAAAGAUUAUGUGGUACGCCGUUACAAACUACAGGACCUGGAUCUUCGUUCUUCUCUAUGGAUACUCCAUGGGAGUUGAGUUGAGCACUGAUAAUGUUAUCGCCGAGUACUUUUUUGACAGGUUUCACUUGAAGCUCCACACAGCCGGAAUCAUAGCAGCAUGUUUCGGUAUGGCCAAUUUCUUUGCUCGUCCAGCAGGAGGCUAUGCGUCUGACCUUGCAGCCAGGUACUUCGGUAUGAGAGGGCGGUUGUGGGCGUUGUGGAUCAUUCAAACAGCCGGUGGUCUCUUCUGUGUGUGGCUCGGCCGUGCAAACACCCUCGUAACUGCUGUUGUAGCUAUGAUCCUCUUCUCUUUAGGAGCACAAGCCGCUUGUGGAGCUACCUUUGCAAUCGUUCCCUUUGUUUCCCGGCGAGCCCUUGGAAUCAUCUCAGGUCUAACCGGAGCUGGAGGAAACUUUGGGUCAGGGCUCACACAGCUCAUAUUCUUCUCGACGUCAAAGUUCACAACCGAACAAGGGAUAACAUGGAUGGGGGUUAUGAUAGUUGCUUGCACGUUGCCUGUGACUUUAAUCCACUUCCCUCAAUGGGGAAGCAUGUUCUUGCCUCCUUCUAAAGAUCCAGUCAAAGGUACGGAGGAGCACUAUUAUGGUUCUGAGUGGAACGAGCAGGAGAAGCAGAAGAACAUGCAUCAAGGGAGCCUCCGGUUUGCGGAGAACGCUAAGUCCGAGGGUGGCCGCCGCGUCCGUUCUGCUGCUACGCCGCCUGAGAACACACCAAACAAUGUUUGAUCAUACUAGCUACAUGGAAGGGGUGAAGGAUGGUCGCAGAGAUAAGAAUAUAUAUGUCCCACAGUGAAAACAAAAUGCGAAUGUUAUCAAUGCAUGCUGGGCGUUAUUUAUUGUGUAUCUUUCUUUCUUUCACUGAAGAAACUUUUGUUUUGUUUACGGCUUCGAGAAAUAUUUUACUUUUA